UCCAGCGGGAAGGCGCUUCCGUCAUCCGCGCCCCCCUCCUCAGCCCCGCUCUCUCUCUCCCUGGAUGUUUAAGGCGAGGAUGAACAAACAGGUCCAGCCCGAGCGCAAAGUGUCGGUGGUGGCCCCCUUGCCGGACCGCGCGGGGCCGCCGCCCCCGAAGAAGGACGUGGAGCUGAUCCUGGUGAAGGAGCACAACGGGGUGCAGUACACCAGCAGCAGCCUCCUGCCCGCCGCCCCCGCGCCGCGCUACGGCCCCCAGGACAGGGAGACCUGGGGCAAGAAGAUCGACUUCCUCCUCUCCGUCAUCGGCUUCGCCGUGGACCUGGCCAACGUCUGGCGAUUUCCAUACCUCUGCUACAAAAAUGGAGGGGGUGCUUUUCUUAUUCCCUAUAUCCUCUUCUUAAUCAUUGCGGGAAUGCCCCUGUUCUAUAUGGAAUUAGCACUGGGACAAUAUAACCGAGAAGGGGCUGCCACUGUCUGGAAAAUCUGUCCAGUCUUCAAAGGUGUAGGCUAUGCAGUGAUACUCAUAGCUCUUUACGUGGGUUUCUACUACAACGUUAUCAUAGCUUGGUCUCUGUAUUAUCUGUUUUCGUCAUUCACAUUUGAGCUCCCCUGGACAAACUGUGACAACAGUUGGAACAGUCCAAACUGUACAGAUCCCAAACUCUUCAAUGCAUCAGUGCUUGGCAAUGGUACUAAAUACUCGAAGUACAAGCUCACUCCUGCAGCUGAAUUUUAUGAGCGAGGAGUUCUGCACCUGCACGAAAGCCGUGGGAUCCAUGACCUUGGCUUGCCUCGCUGGCAGCUUUCCCUCUGCCUCUUGGUGGUGGUAAUCAUUCUUUUCUUUAGUCUGUGGAAAGGCGUGAAGACUUCGGGAAAGGUUGUUUGGAUAACAGCCACUUUGCCUUAUGUUGUAUUAUUUGUCUUACUAAUACACGGAAUAACCCUCCCUGGUGCAUACAAUGGAAUAAAUGCAUACCUGCACAUAGAUUUCAGAAGAUUAAAAGAAGCCACAGUGUGGAUUGAUGCAGCUACUCAGAUAUUUUACUCCUUAGGAGCUGGGUUUGGUGUUUUAAUUGCAUUUGCCAGUUACAAUAAGUUUGACAACAACUGUUACAGGGAUGCUUUGCUGACUAGUACCAUUAACUGUGUCACAAGCUUCAUCUCGGGAUUCGCAAUUUUCUCCAUACUGGGAUACAUGGCUCAUGAGCACAAAGUUAAAAUUGAGGAUGUAGCUACUGAAGGAGCUGGUUUAGUUUUCAUCCUCUACCCAGAGGCAAUUUCAACUCUUUCAGGAUCUACGUUUUGGGCUGUGGUGUUCUUCAUCAUGCUCCUUACUCUUGGCAUCGACAGUUCUAUGGGGGGAAUGGAAGCUGUCAUCACUGGCUUGGCAGAUGAUUUCCACAUUCUGAAGCAGCACAGGAAGCUCUUCACCUUUGGUGUUUCUUUUGGCACUUUCCUACUUGCUCUUUUUUGCAUCACCAAUGGUGGAAUUUAUGUUCUCACACUUCUGGACACAUUUGCAGCUGGGACUUCAAUAUUGUUCGCUGUUCUUAUGGAGGCAAUCGGAGUUUCCUGGUUUUAUGGUGUGGACAGAUUCAGUGAAGAUAUCCAACAAAUGAUGGGCUUCAAACCAGGCCUCUACUGGAGAUUGUGCUGGAAAUUUGUUAGCCCUGCUUUUUUAUUGUUUGUCGUGAUAGUCAGCAUAAUAAAUUUCAAACCUCUGACCUACGACGACUACACCUUCCCUCUCUGGGCCAACCGCAUUGGCUGGGGAAUAGCAUUAUCUUCCAUGGUACUUGUGCCUGCCUAUAUCAUCUAUAAAUUUAUGAAUGUGCGUGGGACCUUUAAAGAAAGACUAGCUUACUGCAUCACACCUGAAAAUGAGCACCAACUCGUGGCCCAAGGAAAUGUCAGGCAAUUUAAGCUCCAACACUGGCUAACAAUAUGACAACCAACAGGUCAAGGAAAAAGCCCACGUGUUAAGCUAAACUGAAAAUACAGAAAAGUCAAGUUCAAAGCUCCCUCGAUUAUGCUUGGCCCAGGCUGGCUCAGAGCUUAUCUACUGACUCUUUGAGGGAAGACAUCUGCUCUCUGUUGUCAAUGCCUCCCUUCUAUUACUUGGCUUCAAAUGAUCUUUAAAGACUCCAUUUAAUUUUUCUUGCAUCCUUUGGUGCCAUGAAAUCCCUACAUGACCAAAACUUGUGAGUUUUGCUAUUGGCAGAAGUGGAGGGGGGGGAGCAGAGGAAAAAAAAAAAAAAAGCAAUCAGCAUAAGUUAAAUGCUUUUUUUAUUGUGAAGAAGUGAAUUAAACUUUUCUGACAGUAAUAAUUACUUCAGAUACUCAUGCCACAACCUAUUGUAAACAAACACCACCUGAACAUUCUUAGGCCUAAGGAAAGAGUACAUCUCAAUUAUGAGGAAAAGGAACUUUAUGUACUCCUAUCAUUAGCUUUCUUGCCAUACUAUCCUUUGGGAUAGGAGUUUGCAUCCUACUGAAGUGAAGACUCAGUGCUUCAUUUUCAGUGGUUUGUUAUUAGUUUCUACUCUCGGUGAAGAACCUCGUCCUUGCUGUGUAUGUCCAUGCCAUUUUCUGCCCAGUUUAAUUCCACAAGCUGAAGAGUAGCAGGAACAGAAUUGCUGUUACAGCUACUAGUACAGAACACAGCUUAAUACCACACUGUACUUCAUGAAAAAUAUAUUCCUUUCUAUCAUAUGAAAUGGCUUUACCAUAUGAUCCAUACUCCGCAGACUUUUCCAGCUAAGUAUGAAAGUUACAUCUAAAUAGACAGACUUUCAUCUUUUUAUAUAUUUUGAUCCAAAUAAAGAAUGUAAAAUAUAUAGAGAUAAUAAUUUUUAGAACUAUAUAAUUACCCAGUGGCACAAAAAUACCAGACUCUGGCUUUAUUCUCCUGCUGUGAACAUGCUAUUAUUAUAAUUUAACCUGAAUUCACCUACCAAAUAAUAGUAAGAUGGCGUUGAAUAAUUUAAAAGGAUAUUUUAGGCACACUCAGCUCUCUAAUCCUAUUCCAGCUCUUCUUUCUAGUAGUAUUAUGCAAAGUAGAAGAUACAGAACAAACUCUGCAUUUGGGUGCUGUUCUUAUUCUGUGGUCACUUGUCACUGUUGUACCUUUCCAGUGAUCACUGCAUUCGGUAGCUCUGAGUUAUUUCUUGUAAUUAUUUACCACUAGAUCUACAGUAAUUUUCAGAGGCCGUAGCUUCUCAGCUGGAUCCAACCCAGCAUUUACCUCUGGACAUUACCUCUGAAUUUUUUUGUCUCUGUACAUUCAAUUCAGCUUGUCUUUGAAAUGUAUGUAGUGCUUCCUCUUUUUAAAGAGAUAUUUUAAAAGGAUGGGCCUUUUUUUAUUUAUAAAACAUUUUUAUUGAGUUUUUUCUUUUUUAAAAUAGAUCAGUUUAAAAGUCCCAAGUGAUUUUGGCUUUUUCUGUCUAAUAUUGAUUUCUGUUCAAAUAAUGAAAGGGAAAUUUCUCUCCUUAUUCAUCCUUUUCCUCCAACAUGUUCAAUACUCAGAACAUAUCAAAUGCUGUCCUUUUCUUAAAGAGUCUCCAUGACAAAUAGUAAUUUUAUUUAAACAGGGUUUUAAAUUCAAAGAAUAUUUUCUUCUAAUUAUAAAGAAAGUCAUAUUUGCUGGCCCAGCUGCUGGCCAAAGGCUACUUAAACCCUGUUAUUAAAUAUAUUUCAAUAAUUAAGGAAUUCCAAAUGUUACGGUUCUAGGGCUGUAAGUACACAGCAGGCUAAACAGUGAAAAUAUGUUGAGGGCUUCAAAAAAAGUCAUCCCACCAAUUUCACAGUUAAUCCCAUUUUUAUUGUUUGCUGAACUACAUGAGAAUCUUUUCAUUGUUAUAAAUUUACUUUUCAACAAUACAGCUGCUUCAGUCACUGGCUUGGCAUGGCUCAAAAGCUUCUUAGCAGAGAUGUGAUUUCUAAGUUUUGGAACUCUUGAGGGCUGCUUAACCUGGAGCUUUAAUAGUCUGUCACAUCACACAUUGCUUGCUUCGUUCGUGAUUGGAAAUGCUGAAAACCUGCAUUAACGUUCACUUGUGACACACCCAAUCACCCCCAUCCAUCCAGCAAAACCCACGUAGGAAAAGGUACAUUUCAUCACCACUCUGCUCUGAAAUAGGAGCAAAGCUCUCCUAGCAUGGGAGGGAAGUCAGCCUUACCCAGCAUGUUCGGGUUUGAUUGUAUUUUUAAUACCAACUCCCAAGGCAAUUAGCUACUACAUUAUUUUUAUUUCUGUUACUGUGUAACUUCUUAGGUUUAGUGUAGUAUUUAUAGCUCAGGACUCCAUUGCACUAUUGCCACCUUGUUCUGAAGUUUUGUUGAUAAAGAACUUGCAAUCUAUACAGAACACAGAAGUCAUAUCAGACAAAGCAGGAAUCUUACUGCCACAAUUAGCCUGAAUGAAAAAGACAAUACACAGGGCAUGACUGCAUACUUAGACUUUAAGUUCAGGAUGUUGCCCAAGGAAAGUCUCCCCCAAAAUAAUGCAACUUUUAUCCCAGAGAAAAAAGAACAAUGUCUUCAGCUCUCCACUGAAUAAGAUGAUGAACUACCUCAUGCCUCUUGGAUGAUAAAUGAUGCCAAUAGACACAGACUAUCAUCCAUUCAAAUGACAAAUACUUUUGUGAAGUAUUUCCUUUACUCCACUCAAUGAUAUGGUACAGACAGUCCAAAAAGAAGCCAUAGCACUGGCCCCCACCUCCUCUUAGGGACCUGCUUUGAGCUCCCAAAUACAUUGUCAAUAGGAAAAUAUCAAAUGCCACUAAAGUUAUUCAUCUCCCUUCAGUUCACAUGUCUGUAGUUUAAAAAAAAAAAAAAACAAAACCAAAAAACACACCACCCAGUCAGGUUC